AUGUACGAUGUUCUCGGCCCUUUGGAUACCCCUGAUUUCUACAGCCGUGAGGACCAUCCAUAUUAUGCAAUUCCUAGCAUUUCUGGACCACCAGCUGCUUUUUAUGGCGAAGUUCAAAAUAUAAUUUAUGUCGAGAACAUGGAACAUUAUUCUAGGUCAGUCAGUCUUGAAGAAGAGGGUAUUACUGGAGAACGGAAGGCUCUAGCUACUCGUGGCAAUGCAUCUUCAAUUACAGAAAUGGUCUCCAUUAUCAAAGAUCACCACGGUGAGCCAGCAUUUGGUGUAUUUGCUGCUGACUUGGCCGAUGUCACGCUCGUUCAUCGGAUGUCUCCAGAAUUCUCCAUGGCAGGUAUGAACAUCAUCACCAAUCGACUUGCGAAUUCCUCGGCACAAACUGGUCGCACAAGUGUAAGCAUCUUGUAUCCGGUUUAUGAGAUGAUCAAGAAUGUCAGAGCCUUGCAGUAUUCAAAUUCAGUCUCGUCUGCAGCACUAUGGACAGCUUACCUGAUCUUUUAUAUGCACAUUGGAAUCAUCACAAGAGCUGCGUUUGCAGUUGCUGUUGGCGUGCACAUCAUGCUAAUGGUGGUUUAUCUCAUCGCAUACUUCAUCAAUAAUCUCAAGGAACCUGUGAACUCAUACGAAAUGAUCUUCGGUAUUCAAGGUAUACUUGGUCUCACCUCGCCAGCAGCUAACCUACUCCGAACGUUCUUCAUAGCAUCCGAUAAUUUUGGCAUUCCCUGCGUCGAAUCAGGGUGGUAUGAUCUGCAUCCCAUAGCAUUUCAAAUUUAUGGUGGUGUCUACAUUAAUCUAAUUCUACAGAUCAUGUUCUGUAGUUUUGUGGUUACAUUUAUCGAAAGUGGAAGCUCAGCAUGGUUUUCCAAGCUUCUUCCAAAGAAAAAGAUGCCAGCAACUCCAGCACAACUAGAUUUUGGUAUCGAGGGAAGAAAGUCUCCGAACUUCGCACCAACAGUAGAGCACGGUGAUGAUAUCCCCCUCAAGGCUCUCAAGGGAAAAGGCAGCGUACCUGUCCUCGUUCUCUCCAAGAUAACCAAAUUCUUCAAAUCACUGCUAGCACUUCAAGAAAUCUCACUCGCCAUCUCCACGAAUGAAACAUUCGUACUUGUCGGUGCCAACGGUGCCGGAAAAACAACAGCCGUCAAUAUGAUUCGUGGUCUCAUCAAUCCAAAUCAUAGCACCAUAACCAUAGAUGGUAUCAAUGUCCUCGCUUCACCUCAACAAGCACGAAUCCACACUGGCGUUUACCCUCAAGAUGACGCAAUCGACGAGCUCACCGUCCGCCAAACCCUAAGCUUCCACGCUAGUAUCAAAGAACUGCGGGACAUCCGGGGGAAUGUCGACGGCGUGAUGCGCGCAUUCGGCACAGCAAGCUUCGCCCACCGUCUCAUUACCAAGCGAGCUAUCAGGUGGUACAAGAAGGAAAGUGAUGGUCGCGAAUGCCAUCCUCGGGAAUCCGCGACUGUUGCCGCUGGACGAGCCUUCGACGGGGCAACAUGCCAGUGCCAAACGCGUGUUGUGGAAGAUCUGCGUUCGCUGAGUACUGAUCGCGCGAUUUUGAUUGCCGCGCAUAGUAUAGAGGAGACGGAGGCACUUGCUACGAAAGUGGCUAUUGUCGAUAAGAAAAUGUUAGCUUUGGGCACGACAUUGCGUUUUGGAGGGAUUUAUCGCGUGCGGCGGUCUAUGAGAGGAGGAGUGUGUUACGAUCGCAUACGAGAGGAUAUCGAUAGAGAUCAAACAAUUAGAAUAAGAAAGCUAAAGAGAGAAGAGAUGCUUAAGGGAUCUCUUUAUCUCUUGUAUAAUAAUACUCGCUUCUUUCAAGCUAAUCUUGAAUUAAGGUAUGUAUAA